AUGGGAUCGUACCAAUUCUACGAGUGUGUCCGAUGUGACAGAGAUUUUCGCUCUCAGGCUGCCAAGGAACAGCAUAUGCGAUAUUCUUCCCGACACAAUAUCUGUCACCUCUGCAGUGUCCGAGACUAUGAAGACGCGGAUGACCUCGAUGACCACCUCGAAGAUGAUCACCACUAUUGCAAAAGAUGCGAUCAAAUCUUUUACGGCGAUUGGCUUCUCGAGCAACACAACGUAGACGAACAUAACCUCUGCGUCACAUGUGGGCGGCGCUUCACUUCACUGUCCAACCUCAACAAUCACAAGAUCAUCCACGCGGCAAAGGACAUCGAGUGCGUGGGGUGCCAUCGCCAAUUUGCAACCAACUCGGCCAUGGUGUUGCACCUCGAAGCUGGAACGUGCCCAUCUGAAGUCGACUGCCAGGUCGUCGAUGACCUCGCAUUCGACUGUCACCAGUACCCGAACUAUCGCUGUGAUGAUCCAAAGUACGAUUACGAAUGUCCUAGUUGCGAGACUACCUUUCGGUAUAUGAGUGGGCUUUUGCAACACAUCGAAAAUGGUCCUUGUGACGAGGAUUUGGGUUGGCAUAGGCCUUUGGCGAUUUUUCUUCGAUAUAUCCGAACACGUAUUUGA